GCUCCUCGCAUCGGUAUUUCAUGCUCUUUGGUCUCAAGUUAGAGCAAAGCAAAAUCGUUACGCGUUGUAAUGAGUUUGGUCAAAUAGUUUAAGAGUUAGUUGUUACUGAGUGUGAGCAAGUGAUAUUUAUGUACCCUAUUCUUCAAGCUUACUGAAUAUCUACACGACAACUAGAAGACAAAAUGAGUGCCAGUUUAUCGGACAUCAGUGAGAACACCAAGAUGGGGCGUGAGAGUGCGUUGCUUGGAAAUUAUGAAACCUCGCUGGUGUACUACCAGGGUGUGAUCCAGCAGAUACAACGCCUUGUACAGACUAUAAAGGAUUCUGUGCGAAAAGAAAAAUGGCAGCAGGUUCGUCAGGAGAUCGCCCAGGAGUAUGAACAAGUCAAAGACAUCAGCAGUACUCUGUCAAGCUUUAAGACUGAAAACUCCAACUUUAAUGCAAAUUAUGGAGAAUUUUCUCCCCAUAACUAUCCUAGACAUGAAGAACCAACAAGAGAUCCUGAUGUGUGGCCGCCUCCAACUCCAGUUGAACACAGACCAACUCCUCAGAUAAGAGGUCGAGAAAAGGCUGCCCCUAGGAGGGCUGAGCCGAGCCGUGGUAGAGGUGCCCCAUCCAGGCCAAAUUCAGACAGGCGGAAAGGCCCUUCGUACGGAGGUGUUGACAAGGGGAAGGAGCCAGUUAAAGACAAGGGGAGAGAGAAGAAAAACAAGCAUGAUGAAGAAUCUGAGAAGGUUUUUGACUCAAGUGGAUAUGAUAAGGAUUUGGUGGAGCAUCUUGAGAGGGAUAUACUGCAGAAAAAUCCGAAUGUCCAUUGGGGAGACAUUGCAGAUUUGGUUGAGGCGAAGAAGUUGUUGGAAGAAGCUGUUGUUUUACCUCUGAUUGUCCCUGAUUUCUUCAAGGGAAUUCGGAGGCCAUGGAAGGGUGUACUGAUGGUUGGUCCGCCUGGGACUGGAAAAACUAUGCUAGCUAAAGCAGUGGCCAGUGAAUGUGGGACUACAUUCUUUAAUGUAUCGUCGUCGAGUCUUACCUCCAAGUAUCAUGGAGAGUCUGAAAAGUUAGUGCGACUACUUUUCGAAAUGGCUCGAUUCUAUGCUCCAAGUACAAUCUUCAUUGACGAGAUUGAUUCCAUCUGCUCAAAACGAGGCUCUGACUCAGAACAUGAAGCCAGUCGGAGAGUCAAGUCAGAACUGUUGGUGCAGAUGGAUGGUGUUGGCGGUGUUUGUGGAGAGGAUCCCUCCAAGACAGUGAUGGUACUGGCUGCAACUAACUUCCCCUGGGACCUGGACGAAGCAUUGAGGAGAAGACUGGAGAAGAGGAUAUAUAUUCCUCUUCCCACAGCUGACGGUCGUGUUGAGCUGUUGAAGAUUAACCUGAGAGAGGUAGAAGUGUCUGAGGAUGCUAAUUUGACCCGUGUUGCUUCCAAGCUGGAGGGCUACUCUGGAGCUGACAUUACUAAUGUGUGCAGAGAUGCAGCGAUGAUGUCAUUCAGAAGGAGGAUUGAAGGACUUCGACCAGAACAGAUUCGUAACAUUCCUAAAGAUGAGCUAAUCCAGCCAACGACAAUGGAAGACUUUGAGAAUGCAAUCCUGAGAGUUAACAAGAGCGUUUCUAAAGAAGAUCUAGAGCGAUAUGAAAAGUGGAUGAAAGAAUUUGGAUCUGUGUAAAACAGCAUUCUUCAAUUUUUGACAGUUGUCUGUAUUGACAGCAAGGUUUACUUAUAUACACAACACCAUGUGAUGAUAUUGGUGGACAAACACAUGUGAUCUUUGUGUUCAUGGUAAAAGUUUUUGCUUGUCACACAGAACACUCUGGAUUUCACUUUUGUAUAGUUUUUGAAGCCAAGAUUUAGUGUACUCUCUAUGAAAGUGCAUUUUGACACCUGUGUCAACGUUACAUUCCCGAUCAAGGUCAAGAUCUGUGGAACACAUCCGUUUUGGUCAUGAUACAUUCUUGUAACUUGUCACGUUCAUGAACUUUAAGUGCUCAAUAGUGUUUGUCUAUUUAAUUAUAGUGUGGUAUCUUUGUAUCCUUCAUCAAUCACACUAAAUAUGUUUACCAUAACAUCCAUUCACACUGUUAGAAGUGAUAUUCAUUUAAGAGACAAUCUAUUAUUGAGAUGUAUUGGUGUUUGGUAAAACAUUGGCUUGCAGUAACAACAAGCAUUUAGUUUACAGCAAUGUUCCUUACUUCCUGGUAAUGGAUUUGGUUAGGGGUGAACUUUGGGAACCUGUAUGUCUGUCUCUCUGUCUGUCUGUCUGUCUCGCUGUCUGUCUCGCAGUGUACAAUACACAGUAUGUAUCCAUUUAAUUAUGAUGCAUGCCAAAGACAUUGCUGUUGAGUCCUUUUCCUGUGACCUGAUGCUUAACAUACAAAGGAGACUGCCUCCGUGGUGUAGUGGUUAGAGCGUCAGCCCGGAGAGUGGAAGGUUGCGGGUUCGAUCCCCUACCUCGUCAUACCAAAAGACGUUAAAAUAUG